UUCACUGAAUCGUCGUUCGCAGGAAACGAUGGCCGACGCUGUCGAUUCCUCAGCCAAUCCCGGCACGUCUCGACCCAUCCCUCUCUCUUACUGGAUAAACUGAAGUGUAGCGAGGCGGAUGUUGUCUUCUCUGGAGGGCCAAAACCGGCAAGAUGGCGUCGGAUGGCGGAGAGUUGGGGGGCUCGUUCGGCCACCACCUCCAAAGGGCUGUAUGCGACACGCGGGCCAAGUAUCGGGAGGGGCGACGGCCUCGUGCCGUCAAGGUAUAUACAAUUAAUUUGGAAUCUCGGUAUUUAUUAAUACAAGGAGUUCCUGCAGUGGGAGCGAUGAAGGAAUUAGUUGAGCGAUUUGCUUUAUAUGGUGCAAUUGAGCAGUAUAAUGCUCUAGAUGAAUACCCAGCAGAAGACUUUACAGAAGUUUAUCUUAUUAAAUUUCUGAAUAUACAAAGUUCAAGGACAGCCAAGAGAAAAAUGGAUGAACAGAGUUUCUUUGGUGGAUUGCUUCAUGUGUGUUAUGCUCCAGAAUUUGAGACAGUUGAAGAAACUAGAAAAAAAUUGCAAGAGAGGAAGGCUUAUAUAGCAAGAAUUACUAAAAAUAAAGUAUAUAAAGAGCCUUUCAUGACAAAGAAGAAACUGGUUACAGAGCAUAAAGACACAAGAGAUUUUAGACAGGGCUUCCAUUUGGAGAAAUCUGGAUUUUGUGCAGCUGCUUUGAAUACUUCUGCUAAGAACUCAGAUCCUUGUCUUCCUUAUUCUUGUGAAUUGCCUUUAUGUUACUUCUCAAAAUGUACGUGUUCGUCAAGAGAGCACGUGGAUGGAGCAUCAAGCUCCUCUCAGGUUGGUAGAAUCCAUGAUGAAACAGUGGGGCGUUGCAACCACAGUGACUCUUUGCAGAAAAUGCAGAUGAAAACCUUAAAAAAUCCAGUGGCCUUCUCUAGUGCACAGAAGGCUAUUACUCCUUCAGAGGCAGUUGACAGAUUUAUGCCUAGGACAACACAACUGCAGGAGCGGAAAAGAAGAAGAGAAGAUGAUCGUAAACUUGGAACUUUUCUUGAAACAAGCACAAGCAGUAAAGAGGUUAUGAUUGGGCCUCUGCUACCAGACAUACCUAAAGUUGAUAUGCAUGAUGACUCACUGAAUACAACGGCAAAUUUAAUUCGGAAUAAACUGAAAGAGGUGGUUUCAUCUGUGCCAAAGCCUCCAGAGGACAAGCUGAAAGAUGGGCAUACAAGUCAUCCAUUAAAACAAAGAAGAAGAAUAUAAGAUCGCCGGCAGCAAGUUAAUAUUUUCUAAGGAACCAUUUUUUAUUUAUGGCCUGUCAUUUUAAUUCCCGAAGAUAUUUUACUGCUGGUAUUUUUUAAAUGCACUCCUUUUUGUAAUUUUAUUCAAGCUACUUGUCUAAUGUAGUUUCCUCUCUUAAAAUUAGUUUAUCAUGGACAAAAUACAUACCAGCCAACUGAUUCCUUUAAAGAAACUUUUCCAGAAAUGCCACCCAAUGCGUUUGCUUACAUCUUACUGGUUAGAACUAGGUCCUUGGCUGUUCCUAACUGAGAAUGGCUGAGUCACAAGGUUGUUGGAUAACUUAAUAAAUAAAAUUAGUUUAUCAUUACCCAUUA